CGAGGAGGGCGGUGACAGCGAACUCGGCCAAUGGGCGGCGGCGUUGUUAGCGGACACGGCGGCGCAGUCCCGGAGCGAGCGAAGCCCAGACGGCUGCCGCUACUGCCGCAGGAGGCGUGAGGAGAUAAAGACAUUCAGAUGGCAGAUAACAGUUUUUCAGAUGGGGCUCCUUCAGAUUCCUUGGAAGCUGCUAAAAACGCGAGUAACACAGAAAAGCUCACAGAUCAGGUAAUGCAGAAUCCUCAAGUUUUGGCAGCUUUGCAGGAACGACUUGACAAUGUCUCCCACACUCCUUCAAGCUACAUCGAGACUUUACCUAAAGCAGUAAAAAGAAGAAUCAACGCGUUGAAGCAGCUCCAGGUGAAAUGUGCACAUAUAGAAGCCAAGUUCUAUGAAGAAGUCCAUGACCUGGAGAGAAAGUAUGCAGCCUUAUACCAGCCUCUCUUUGACAAGAGAAGGGAAUUCAUCACUGGUGAUGUUGAGCCGACAGACGCAGAAUCGGAAUGGCACAGUGAGAAUGAAGAGGAGGACAAAUUGGCCGGAGACAUGAAAAAUAAAGCAGUCAUAGCAGAAAAAGAAGCAGCAGCAGCAGAAGAGCCAAACCCCAAAGGCAUUCCAGAGUUCUGGUUUACCAUUUUCAGAAAUGUGGACAUGUUGAGCGAGCUGGUACAGGAAUACGAUGAGCCAAUCUUGAAACACCUGCAGGACAUAAAAGUGAAAUUUUCCGACCCUGGACAGCCUAUGUCUUUUGUAUUAGAGUUCCACUUUGAACCCAACGACUACUUUACCAAUUCAGUCCUGACAAAAACGUACAAGAUGAAGUCAGAGCCAGACAAGGCUGAUCCAUUUUCCUUUGAAGGCCCUGAAAUUGUUGACUGUGACGGGUGCACCAUUGACUGGAAGAAAGGGAAGAACGUGACCGUCAAAACCAUCAAGAAAAAGCAGAAGCAUAAGGGCCGAGGCACCGUGAGAACAAUCACCAAGCAGGUCCCCAACGACUCCUUCUUCAACUUCUUCAGCCCGCUGAGAGCAUCAGGGGAUGGAGAAUCACUGGAUGAAGACUCCGAGUUCACGUUAGCCUCCGACUUUGAGAUCGGACACUUCUUCCGUGAGCGGAUUGUGCCGCGCGCCGUGCUCUACUUCACGGGGGAGGCCAUCGAGGACGACGACAACUUUGAAGAAGGUGAGGAAGGAGAAGAGGAGGAGUUAGAAGGUGACGAGGAAGCAGAAGAUGAUGAUGAUGCCGAAAUUAACCCCAAGAAGGAGCCCAGCCAGCCCUCGGAGUGCAAGCAGCAGUGAGGAGCCCGUGUGGACAGUGCUCACGCCUAACUCGUUUUCAAGUGCAUGAUUUUCACUUUAACUUCUCCUUUUACUUUAUGAUUUUGCUUAACCUGUACAGUGGCAGCUCAGAUGCAUUUCAGAGAUAGGAGGUUAAUUCCAGCACCCUCUACGGCUUUGGGCACAGCCCAGUGGACUCACCCAGCCCUGCCUUGGCGAGGGCCCUGCAGAUCGCAUUGGGGGAUCACUGGACGCCAAGGGCACGUGUCCAGGGGUGUGGUUCCGGGGCAUCUAGAACUCCUUCACCCCUCCCGCCAUCGGACAGGAUUUGUUUUGUUUGAAGACGCCCACGCACUGUCUCCAGUCCCGGCAGAACCAGCCGGGGUAGGCGCCCUUCUCACACUGCUCUUUCUUUAGUUUAAUUUUCCUCAGGACUGACCCUGAGGCUCCAGCUUUUGUGGUUCAUCUCGUAUUUAUUUUAUCUUUCACGCUGGUGACGGCUUGGGGGCGUGCACUGUCGCUUGUCGUUCAAGUUUCUGAGACCCUGUGGGGACCAGACACCCGGUGCCCUGAGCCGGAGGUGCUGGUCAGGCUGCAGACCCCGCGGAAGCUGCUGCUCCCUCAGGACACGCGGACCACGCUUGGCCUUGGGGACGGGGGUGGGGCUGUGGGCAGAACCAGGGUUUGCCAGGCUUCGCGGGGAGGGGCUCCGGCCGGGAAGCACGGCUUUCCUCGUAGUGCGACACGUCUUGCUUUCUCGUAGCUCCCAUUUCUUGGCCCCACACUCAUUUUGUCUUAAAAGCCCUGGGUUCCGAGCGACCUGUCCUUGGUGGCGUGUGGGUUUUGAGUGUGUGACCUCUGGCCCGGGGAGUUCAGGCUGUGGCCAGGCUGUAGAGUGCUCAGCCUUACUUAACGAUACAUUUGUAACUGAAUACAGUGUUUUCAAUUUGUACAGAAUAGUUAGGAUAUUCUAUUAAAGUUGUGAACCAUG